CCGAGCCGCUCGCCGUACCCAGGCCACCGCCUCCCGCGCAUGCGGGGUUAGUAGGGCCGCAGAGGUGCCCGAGCGGCGGGGCGGAAGGACGUUGGUGGGCCCGCGCUGAGGAAAUAUAAUCAUCAUGUCGUCUGCCCUAUUGCCUAAGCCACAAAUGCGGCGCCUUUUGGCCAGACGGAUGAAGUUUCACCUAUUCGGGGCAUUUUUUGUAUCUGUGGGAUGUGCGGCUUUAUACAAGUUUGGAGUUGCUGACCCCAGGAAACGAGCUUAUGCAGAGUUCUAUAAAAACUAUGAUCCCAUGAAGGACUUCGAAGCCAUGAGAGCAGCUGGUGUGUUUGAGUCUGCACCGCCCAAAUGAUGGUAACCUGCAUUUGCAGAUCCCUUUCAGUCUAAGGAGACUUGAUGACCGAACCUUAUUUGUUCACUGAAUUGUAAAGUGUAAUGCACUUCAGUGCAUGGCAUGCUCCAAUGUAACUCGAUAAAUAAAAUACAUAUGUCAGUGGC